AUGAGUGUGCAGAACCCCCUGAGACUCCUGGACCUGGCGGGAAUGAGCUUGCUUAGGGAUGAGGCCUCGACCAUCACGGCUCUGAAGGAUCUGCCCACAGAGCUCUUCCCCCCAGUGUUCAUGGAGGCCUUCUAUGGGAGAUGCAGCGAGACCCUGAAGGCCAUGGUGCAAGCCUGGCCCUUUGUCCGCCUGCCUCUGGGGGGCCUGAUGAAGAUGCCUCAUCUGGGAACCUUACAAGCAGUGUUGGAUGGGCUUGAUAUCCUGCUUGCACAGAAGGAUCAUCCCAGGAGGUGCAGGCUGCGGGUGCUGGAUUUAAGAAAUACCAGCCAGGACUUCUGGAGAAUGUGGUCUGGAUACAGGGUCCAUGGGUGUUCAAGCUCACUGAUGGCACAAGUGGCUGAGGACAGGUCAAGGGCAAAACAGCCCAGGGCUCCCUUGGAGGUAUUCAUAGAACUUCAUCUCAAGGAAAGGACCUUGGAUGGAUUCCUCACCUACCUCAUCAGGUGGGUAGAGCAGAGAAAAGCUUCCAUACACCUGUGCUGUAAGAAGCUGAGGAUUCUUUCAUUUCCCAUGGAAAAUAUUAUGAAGGUCCUGAGUAUGGUACAGUUGGACUGUAUCCAGGAGGUGCAAGUGAAUUGUACCUGGCAUCUGUCCACCCUGGCCGUGUUUGCUCCUCUCCUGGGCCAGAUGAAUAAAGUGCAGAGACUCCUUCUCUCCAACAUCCACAUGUCUGCACUUGGGGGGCAGGAACAGCAGCACGUUGUCCAAAUUACCUCUCAGUUCCUCAGGCUGCACCACCUCCGGGAUCUCCAUCUGGAAUCUCACUCCUUCCUUGAAGGAUGCCUGGACCAGAUGCUCAGGUGUCUGACAAACCCCUUGGACAACCUUGCAAUAACUCACUGCCUCCUUUCGGAUUCAGACUUGAGCCAUCUGUCCCAGUGUCCGAACAUCAGUCAGCUAAAGGGCCUGGAUCUGAGUGGCAUCACCCUGACCUACUCUAGUCCUGAGCUCCUCCCGGUUCUGUUGGAGAAAGUUGCAGCCACCCUCCAGGAACUGUAUUUAGAGCAAUGUGGGAUCAUGGACUCUCACCUCGAGACCAUCCUGCCGCCCCUGAGCCGCUGCUCCCAGCUCAUGUUCUUUAGCCUGCGGGGAAACCUCAUCUCCAUGACCGUCAUGGAGAAGCUGCUGCGACACACCUCCGGGCUGCCCAGUUUAAGUCAAGAGCUGUAUCCUGUCCCUCAGGAGAGUUACAGCUCUCAGCGAAUCCUCCAACCUGGGAGACUUGCACAGUGUCGGGCUGAACUGUUUGAGAUUCUGCGAGUCUUAGGACGUCCCAGGAUCAUUUGGAUUAGUUCCAGCCCCUGUCUGCACUGUGGAGAUAACACAUUCUCUCAUCCCCAGCCCAUCGUAUACCGCUGA